AUGACCGCAGUUAAGAAAAUUCUCAGAUACUUGAAGGGAAACGAAGCUCUAGGCCUCUGGUAUCCCGCAGGGAACGACUUUAGUCUUCAAUUAUUCACUGAUGCGGAUCAUGCUGGAUGCAGAUUGGAUAGAAAAAGCACUUCUGGUGGCUGUCAAUUUCUUGGUGGAAGAGUCCUCAACUGGUCAUCAAGGAAACAAAAUUGUGUGUCAUUGUCUACCGUAGAAGCUGAAUAUGUGGCCGCAGCCAGCUGUUGUUCAGAAGUCUUGUGGAUGAAAACUCAACUUAUGGAUUACGGAUACAGGAUGCUACGGAUAUAG